UCGCGAGGCCUGGGGACCCGGCGACGUCGGAGGCUCUACCACGGACCCAGGCUGCAGCCCCCACCCCCGCACGGCUGACGCGCCCCGGAAUCCCUUCCGGCUCACAUUCUAGCCCCUAGUCCUGCUGGGUGCGGUGAGGCGGCUGCAGAGAGGAGGAGAGCAGGUCCACACCUCUGCUUCCACAAUCAGAAGUCAGCAAGAUGCCCAUCUGUGAAAAAGCUCCCCCUAAGACGACGGCAAAAAGUCCGGGCAGUGAGGAGGAGCCUGGGCUGCCCAAACUCCCUGUGCCCCCGCUGCAGCAGACCCUGGCCACCUACCUGCGGUGCAUGCAGCACCUGGUGCCCCCGGAGCAAUUCAGGAGAAGCCAGGCCAUCGUGCAGCAGUUUGGGGCCCCUGGUGGCCUCGGCGAGACCCUGCAGCAGAAGCUCCUAGAACGGCAGGAGAAGACUGCCAACUGGGUGUCCGAGUACUGGCUGAACGACAUGUAUCUCAAUAAUCGCUUGGCCCUGCCUGUCAACUCCAGCCCAGCUGUGAUCUUUGCCCGGCAGCACUUCCAAGACACCAAUGACCAGCUAAGGUUUGCAGCCAACCUCAUCUCCGGCGUGCUCAGCUACAAGGCCCUGCUGGACAGCCACUCCAUCCCCACUGACAGUGCCAAGGGCCAGCUGUCAGGGCAGCCGCUCUGUAUGAAGCAAUACUACGGGCUCUUCUCCUCCUAUCGGCUCCCCGGCCAUACCCAGGACACGCUGGUGGCCCAGAAGAGCAGUGUCAUGCCCGAGCCGGAGCACGUCAUUGUGGCCUGCUGCAACCAGUUCUUUGUCUUGGAUGUUGUGAUUAAUUUCCGCCGUCUCAGUGAGGGGGAUCUGUUCACUCAGUUGAGAAAGAUAGUCAGAAUGGCUUCCAACGAGGAUGAACGCUUGCCUCCAAUCGGCCUGCUGACGUCAGACGGGAGGAGCGAGUGGACUGAGGCCAGGACGGUCCUCAUGAAAGACUCCACCAACCGGGACUCUCUGGAUAUGAUCGAGCGCUGCAUCUGCCUGGUGUGCCUGGAUGCCCCCGGAGGCAUGGAGCUCAGUGACACCAACCGGGCGCUCCAACUCCUCCACGGCGGAGGCUGUAGCAAGAACGGGGCCAACCGCUGGUACGACAAGUCCCUGCAGUUCGUGGUGGGCCGAGACGGCACCUGUGGCGUGGUGUGUGAACACUCCCCUUUCGACGGCAUUGUCCUGGUGCAGUGCACGGAGCAUCUGCUCAAGCACAUGGUGAAGACCAGCAAGAAGAUGGUCCGAGCUGACUCGGUCAGCGAGCUCCCAGCACCCAGGAGGCUGAGGUGGAAAUGCUCCCCGGAAAUUCAAGGUCUCUUAGCCUCCUCAGCAGAAAAACUUCAACAAAUAGUAAAGAAUCUCGACUUCACUGUUUGUAAGUUUGACAACUAUGGGAAAACAUUCAUUAAGCAACAGAAAUGCAGCCCUGAUGCCUUUAUUCAGGUGGCCCUCCAGCUGGCCUUCUACAGGCUCCACGGGAAACUCGUGCCCACCUACGAGAGCGCGUCCAUCCGCCGGUUCCACGAGGGACGGGUAGACAACAUUCGAUCGGCCACUCCGGAGGCGCUGCGUUUUGUGAAAGCCAUCGCUGACCACCACACAGCCGCCGUGCCGGGUUCGGAGAAGCUGCUGCUCCUAAAGGAUGCCAUCCGAGCCCAGACGGAGUACACAGUCAUGGCCAUAACAGGGAUGGCCAUCGACAACCACCUGCUGGGGCUGCGGGAGCUGGCCCGGGAAAUGUGCAAAGAACUGCCCGAGAUGUUCACGGAUGAAACAUACCUGAUGAGCAACCGGUUUGUCCUCUCCACCAGCCAGGUACCCACCACCAUGGAGAUGUUUUGCUGCUAUGGUCCCGUGGUACCCAAUGGGUACGGUGCCUGCUACAACCCCCAGCCAGAGAGCAUCCUUUUCUGCAUCUCCAGCUUCCACAACUGCAAGGAGACAUCAUCAACCAAGUUUGCAAAAGCUGUGGAAGAAAGCCUCCUUGAAAUGAGACGCCUCUGCAGUCUGCCAUUGUCUGCCACAGCCAAGUCUCCGGCGACAAAGGAAAAAGUAACAAGGCCCAGUCAGGGGCACCAACCUUGAUGGCUGCCACCACGUUUCAACUCCUCAACCCAGCAUUCUGCAGCUGCCAGACCCCACCGAACCCCUUGCUCCCAGCCUUCACCCCAGCUUUCUGUAGCUUCCCUAUAACUGCAGACCCAGCACAGACCACAGUGAGGCAUCACACAAAACUGGACUGGUAGGAGGAACGCAUCCCUCAUGAGGCAUGGGAAUCAUCAUUAUUUAUCGAGGUGUCCUCGGGCCUGUGUGCUGGGAAAUAAGACCAGCCUGGCUCUGAGGUGGCCCGGGUGAGAUGGGGAAGCCACCACUGACUUCCCUCCAUAGCCACAGAAGCUCAGUAUUGGUGUGUGCUUCCCAGCAGGACCUAGCAUGUCCAAUGAAAGAAUGAGUCACCUUAUUAUGUGCAAUAUACCCAAAUGAACCAUGAAGGAAGAGGCUAACCCCAGGUCAUUGCCUGUGUCUCUUGGGGAAGAGUAGAGGGCUUUGUUUUCAGAUUCAAAGCAGUUUGAUCAUGGCAUUCAGAGUGACCCGCCCUGAGACACGUGGCCCUAUAAGCAGUACCCACCCCCGACACACACACACACACACACACACACGGCCCAAGUUAAUUUAAAAUACAGUGAUCUGGGCCUGCAAACACAUUUCUCCUUUUGCCUCCCAGAAGCAGGCUUCUACUGAGUUCAGAAAAUCUGGUCUGGCUAUUCUGAAAGGGGAAGAAAAUGGUCUGCCCUUGCCCUGGAGUAGCUGCUGCUCCCUGGUUUCCCUGGGGGCCUGGCAGGGACCGGUCCACCUCCCCAGGGAUCCUGCUGCUUGCAUUUUUUCUGGUUGCGUUCCCACUGGCCUUCACAAGAAACAUGCCCUGAUAGGUGAUCUGCCUUUGGGAGGAGAGCAGGAUGCUUCAGGGGUUUUCUGCUGCUCUUGUUUACUUGUUUUGUUUCGUUCAUUCUUAAGAGAGGCUUUUAAGAAAAGCACAGUGACAUUAAUUUCAGAAUACGAUCUCAGUGGCCUAAGCUGGACAUCCUUGGACAGCUGGGCUACUUUAUGUAGCGGAUGUUAUCUAGGGAUUCUGACUGAAAUGCAUGUGGAGGAGCCCAAAUCAGAGCUCUCCACUGGCCUGGGGGCUGAGGGCACAGCUGGUGAAGAGAGGGGCUGGGAGGAGGGAAUGGCUGCACACAGAGCCAGCCCUGAUGGAGGGGCCAGCCGUCCACAGAACUGAGCUGAGGAUGUCUGGGGAGGCAGUGAUCAUGGAGGAGAUGUGAGAGGCACUUUCUGCUAGGGCAUAUUUUUAUGGGAAAGCAACCAGAAAAAAUCAAAACUGCAAAUAGCCAAGGCAGCCUGCUUUUGUCCAGAGGAGGUGCAGAACUGGGCUCCAAUCACACUGAGUUCUGCCAUGCUUCCUGUGGGUUUUCCUAAAAAGAGAAAAGCCCUCUACUCCCGCAAAGACACGAGGCAAUGACCUGCCUAUCCUACUCUGUCACACCCUCCACUGUGGCCCAGGGACCAUGAAUGUCUCUUCUUUGGAGCACUGUGCAAGCUCUCUGCCCUUUGACUAACAUAGAAACAGGCAGGGCUGAGAUGGGGGGAACAUUUUGACCUUUGCUGGGACCUUUGAUAACAUAGACAACCCUAAGCUGUAAAUUCCUUGAGCCCCUGGUUUUAGGUUGAGAAGUUCUAUUGUAUGAUCUGGGCGAUUCUGGCACUGCCCCUUCAAAAUCAUUGGUCUGCAGGGUCCAUGCUACUUCCCUCACACAUCCACCUUUCUGCUCCCCCUGGAAAAGUACAGCCCAAGAGUCCCAGGAAUGUUUGGGGAACUGCUGUCCACCUGCUGUAAGCUGACUCAAAGCUGCCUGCGGUUUCCAGCAAAUGAUCACAGUGAAGAUCCAAGUUCUCUUCUGGUUUCUCUCCAAAAAUUUCUGGGCAGAUAGACAGCUCUGGUUUGGGGAUCAGGCAGCCUCAUUGGUCUUGGCCAAGAGACUUAAAAAGCCCAGAGACUCAAGUUCUUCCAUCAUCAAAUGGGGACAAGAGCGUCCCAGCCUUGUGAGGUUGUCAGGAUGGUAGAUCACAUGUGUAAAGGGCCUUUGAGCAGGUGGGCACUGGUGCCCGCUGUCGGGAUGAUGUUACCCCAGCAGGCACUGUUCAGGUGAUGUUUAUUUCAGACUUUCUCUCAAACACUCACUUGUCAGAACCAAGCUCACAUUUGCCUUUUUCUGAGCUUAGGGGAAGGAAACUGACUGUGUAUUCUGAUAUCAACCAUGUGUGGAUGGCAGACGUUUGACAGGAGGGAAUAGCUCCUCCCUCCCUCCAAGGGAGGGGCUGGAAGCUGGUCUUCCCCCUCCAAGUUCAGGUGGAUACAAUGAGCCUUUGUAAAGGCAAUGCUGAGCCAUGGCCAUGGCCACCUCUGUGGGGACCCUGGUAAAGGAGACUGUCCCAAGAGUCCUCAGAGAGAUGGAAAACGAAACUUAGAGACUCAGAUUUGGGGGGACAAUGAUGCAUAAUAAAAAUGUAUGUGGCCACCUUACCAUACUGCUAAGUUGCCAAAAUAUAUAAAGUUGAUAUUUGAGUUCUAUUUUUAUAAAACAGUUCUAGAUUUAUGGCAAUAUGUACAUGUGUAUUUAUAGCCUUUUGAUUUUAAGUUAUAGUUUUGUGCUUUAAAGAAAUAUAUGUGUGACUAAAGAACUGUAUAUUGAAAGCACUAUAUUCAAAUUAUUUAAAGACUGUAAGUCUAUAUUCAAUAAAAAGUAAUGCCAAGAAAGAUGGCAUUGGCUGCUGUUUCUACCCAGAAAUGCUAUAAAAA